AUGGCUCAGUUACCUUCAGAUUUCUUUCUCAACCUCCAAGCCUUCAGUGCAAAAUCUUAUCGCGACUCUUACCCGGCCAUUGACCCAGAGCUACCAGAGCAUAGCUUGGUCGGGAAAGUUGUCAUCCUGACUGGAGGGAGUGACGGCCUUGGGAAGAGUGCAUUCGGUCCAGCAAUAGCCAGAGCCAAAGCUAGCGCCCUCGUCCUUGUCGCCCGCAGCCAGUCCGCCCUCCUCGAGGCCAAAGCCGAAGCAGAAAAGGCCAAUCCAUCAAUCAAAGUGUCGACGAUUUCGGCCGACGUUACCGACGAGAAAGCUGUCAGCGAUGCCUUUGAGCAGAUCAGCAAAGAAUUCGGCCCUCCGGAUGUGCUCAUUAACAAUGCGGGAACUUUCUUCGGAAAGAGUCCUAUUGCAGACAUGUCCUUUGAGGACUUCGAAACGGACAUCGAUGUAAACGUGAAUGGCACCUUCCUAGCUACACGAGCCUUCCUCAAGCUCAUCGGAACCAAGCAAGCAACAAUCCUGAACGUUUCAUCGGCCGCAGGACUUUGGCCAGGGCCCUGCAUGUCCAGUUAUUCACUGAGCAAAUUGGUUGUCGCUCGCAUGGCUGAGCUGGUUGCGCUGGAGAGGCCCAACGUAACGGCUAUUGCGUUCCAUCCUGGCAUGCUCAUGACCCGACUGGCCACCGACGACUUUGCGCCGUUCGCCUUGGACAAGCCCACCUUGCCUGGUGGGUUCGCCGUAUGGCUCCUUUCACCGAAGGCAAAGUUUUUGAAUGGGAGAUACGUGCAUGCAAACUGGGAUGUUGAGGAGAUGAUGCAACGAGAGAAGGAGAUUGUGGAUAAGAACUUGCUCCGUGUCAAGCUCUCGGGCGAUUUUGGAAAGAAGUGA